AUGCCCACGCUGCUUACGAAGUACACGGGUUCUGGCCGACAGUCGCAAUGCGUGAAGCUCUAUGGUGCUUGGUUUAAGCGGCCCCGCCCUGCGCCCAAUGGCACCAUGAACUUCGAGGAUUGCACGCUGGUCGCGUCUGGCAAUUGGGCGGCGGGGAACCGCCUGGAGCAGAUACCGAGGUCGCCGACUAACGAUUGCUGCACGCACAUCCCUGCGUCUCUCACGUACACACCUGCCCAGGCAGACGUCGAGCGUCUCAGACUGCGCCUGUGCACUUCUUAUGAGGGCCAAGCAUCAGGGCGCAGAGUCGCCAUGGCCGUCGAGGCUCUCGCGAUGCACGGCGAGCCUUUACCGCCGAAAAUCAUCGUCUUGCAGGGCGGUGGCGGCAACAGCAAGUCUGCGACGACGAAGCUGCGCGCGAGCGUGUUCGCCGACUCCCACAAGUUCAUGAGCGCGUCGUGCCUGCAGAAAGACGACGAGUUCAGGAAGCAGGGCGGCCAUGAGUGCAGCGGCGGGGACCAAUUGCAGGAGGAGGUGGCCGAGAAAUUCGCCAGCGGCGAAGUACUUCCCUGUCGACCGAACUACGGGGAGACAACUGAAUACUUCGGAUGGCCCUGCGCGGGGAAGUUCUGGGAGUUGAACUUCGCGCUGCCCUCCGUGGUCGGGGGCCCGCGCGACCCUCCCUCGCUGAAGUCUUGGUGGCGUAGACUGCUGGUGAUUCCCUUGGAGAGCUCCUACUCCGCGUCGCCCGCCGAGGUGCGCGUGGGCGAUCGCGUCUUCCUCGACGACUCCACGCUCUCGCCGUUCCUGGGCAGCUGCGUCGCGCGCCACAUCUACAUGUGGCAUCACUUGCUCCCGUUCCUCCAGAGGUACUCCGCCGACGACUGCAGACGCUUCAUAUCGCUGCCGGGCCAGGGCGCCCAGGAUCGCACGAUCACCUUCGUGCAGCAGAUGGCGAACGCCGGGAAGAAGCCCGUGGAAGUGGAUUCGACGGCCAACGGCAGCGGCGCCAGCGGGCCAGGUGACGGUGCUCGGAAAAUUUUGUUCGACAUCCACGCGGCCACGCAGAAGCGCCAAAUUCUGAAGCCGUACGUAUUCCAGUCUCUCUCACCGACGCUGUUGCCAGGGGUCCGCGACACUUCCGUCAAGGGCAAGAAGACCAAGCUGCAGAAUCUGGAUGACUCCAUUCAUGCAUUUCCGUAUAUUUUCAAGAAGCUCCCUCUGGCGGGCGGCUGCCAGAAGCUCCAGAUCGCUGUGCAGAAGUUCUCGGACGCCAUGUCCCGCGUGGAGAACUGUGGAGAGAAGCUCGGGAGUUUCGAGGAGUGGGGGGAGAUCUGGGCCGAUCUGGAGCGCGGCCGCAUGCGCUCCGAGCCCGAUUCAAAUUCUAACCCCGAUACAACAGGCGCGCCGAAGUAUGACCUCAGUGAACCCGCAGCCGCCCUGCGCGAGAGAGUGAACCGGGCGCAGUUGCGCGCCUAUUGCGCCAGGGGCAUAGACUCCAGGCAGAAACAACUGGAGAGCUACAUUCAAUGGCACGAAACCACGGGCGUGCAGGAGGGCGACUUCAGCACCAUCGGGGUGACGUAUUACAGGCCGUGGGGCCUUCCAGGGCGGAUGCACGCCUUCGGCAUGGCCGCGCAGAAGCUUGCGAGGCAGGCGCGCGCGGCUGCGUUCCAGGGCCACGCCGUCGACGUCGAUCUCGUGGCUGCCUUUUCCCGCACGGGCUAUCGCGAGGCGCGCCGCAUCACGCGCAACUCGACGACCUACGGCAUCUGGAGAAAGUCAAUUCUGCACGUGGGCGCCAGGAGGGGCUUCAUCAAGGACUACAUGGAGAUUUCGGACGACGAAGGGAAGAAGGAGAUCACCAAGCUGUUCUUCCAGGGCACGCCGACGAACGAGCAGCCGCCGCCAUGGGCGCUGUGGCGAGAGGUCGACGAGGGCAGGCGCGUGAUCAUGGACAGCCCCCGCUUCCACUACCUGCGCAACCAGUUCGGUGAUCGUCGGGCCCCCGAUGCGACCCGCUUCGCGUACGCCAUGUUCGCGCUCGAAGACGAGGAGCUGGCCAAGCUUGUCGAAGCGAUCAAAGGCCAGGACAGCAGCACGGAGGCGUUGGUUUACAUGUUCGACGGAGCCAUCAUGUGCACGCCCGCUGGCCCCGCAAAGAUCCAAUCGGGGACCGACGCGUGCGAGGACACCAGCCAGGGCAUCAACGCCAUCGCGAAGCCGUUCGCAAGCUUCGAUGAGUGA